AUGCCAAAGUCCGAUGCCUUUGCGAAUUUGUCACUGGAGACGGUGAUUGCGUCAACAGUUGAAAUGCUGACGCCAAAUAGUUUGCAAUUUAAUGAGCAGGAAUUUCAACGAUCGCCCAAAGAGGCACGAGACGCGGCACAAGAGGCGGUAAAGCUUGUGAAACCAGGCGACUUGAUCUUUAUUACUACGAGCGGACUCGUUUAUUCUGUAGGGAGAUAUUUGACCGAGAACGCAUACGAUCAUGUGGUGGUCGUGUUGGAUGACUGCACGGUGCUUCAUAUUGGACUGCCGGUUGUCAGGGUGAUGCCAUUGGAACGACUUCUUUUGCCUCAACGUCAACCUGUGGUCUUGCGCGUACCGAUGUCCGAGACAGAGUUGCAGCUGUUCCUGCGUUGUGCGCGACAAUUGAUUGGAUGUGAAUAUGAUGUUGCAAGAGCAUACCAACUGAUGCUGCGAUUAACGUUGAAACGCCUGACUGGGUCAUCGCCUCUGCCAAGAUUGCCACUUGACGUGAAAAGUAACGCCUGGAUCUGUAGCGACUCCAUUGUUGUGCUGCUUGCAGGUUGCUGCACGGCAUUCCGAGAAGCUUUGGUGAAGGCGAAGCAAGAGACCGAAUUAGAUAUCUUCACCGUCGGCAGCGCUUCCAUGACAGAUUUUGAGCGGAUUCGUCGUAUCCAGCCGGGCAUUAUGUCGCGUGUUCCCCUGCCAGUCGUCAAUUACACCUUAGCACCGCACAAGCGUUCAUGGCGAGCGUACGUUCCAGAGGUGGCACGAUUCACGCAAAGCUUACAACAUGGCACGUUGAAGUGGCCUUUGCUGCCGCCCAACCUUUUGCCCAAGGUGCACGAGUUUGCAACUAGUAUUCCCCCGACAUCAUGGACCGUAAAGCGCAAGAUUGAAACACUCUGCUAUGUGACAGUAUUUCUGAUGAUACUUCGACGCGGAUUCACCGUAAAAAGAGUCGUACUUCGGGCCAUGGAAAUGUUCAUGCUGCGGUACGUCGUGCACAACGUCUUGCUCCACUUGCAGUCGUCUGCCGCUUUUGGCACUGCGAAAUUAUAG